CCCAGUAGUAACUUCCGGUGACUUUUAAGCGAUGGCAGGAAUGGCCGCUAUGAUUACGAGAGGAAGAAGCUCCGAGACCCUGAAACUUUACUUCUAACGGCCCCGUGGAGGAAUCUUUCUCCACUAGGAUUUAGAAACACCCCGCCGCUGCGGAUUGAGAGGGGACGAGACGCCGUAACGUAAGAUUGGCACGGUUGGUGUCCAGAUCGAGAAGGUGGACGCAGUUUACGACUUGGCAGUGCCGUUAGUGCGGCUGACUUUGAUUCAAGGUAGCUGUUAGCUCUGACUGAGCCAGCUGUUGGCCACUUUGGCUCUGCUGUCCAACAAGUUAACGAACUGUGUGAAAGCGUCCCUCGUUGGAAUAUUCGAGUUGGGCUUGGCGCUGUUUACUUGCACACAGCAUUAGGAGCGUUUACGGAGACUGGGGGGCCACGCGACAACAACUCGAUACGGUGUGUUGUGGACAUUCUCACCGCUAACCUCAUCGUUAGCUCGCUGAGUUGGGAUCCUGAAGGCUCGCCCAUUUUCGGAUCCUGCCCCAGCCAUUGGCUAAGGGUAAAUCAGCAGCCAACUCGUCCGGUCUCCAGGUUCACUACGAUGGAAAGUCUAACGCUGAGUGAUGUGGAGCAGAAAUAUUACUCGGACUUGUUCGUCUACUGCGACACGGACAACACCAAGAAAGUGGCAUCCAACGGGAGAGUUCUUGACCUUUUCCGGGCGGCCCAGCUACCAAGCGAAGUUGUCCUGCAGAUCACAGAGUUAUGUGGAGCCACUCGGCUGGGCCAUUUCGGACGGAGCCAGUUCUACAUCGCUUUGAAGCUAAUCGCCAUCGCCCAGUCUGGUCUACCCUUGAGGGUGGAAAGUCUCAAUUCGGUCAAGGAUCUGCCGCUGCCCAGGUUCGUGGUUGGGAAGAACGAGGCUGAAGCGCGACACGCUGCUCUGUACCAGGAUGCAGAGAGCCAGGGUCUGUACCCACCCUCCAGUAUGGCGGUGAUUCCCAGACCACCGGGCAGAGGUCACCAGAACAAGAAAGGUCCCCCCUCCUCUUCCUCCUCCUCCUCCUCUGCUUCACAUCCUGCCCUCGAGGUCAUCCAGCCUCUGGCACCGAGUGUAGAAGCUCAGCCUGAACCAACGUCCCCGGUCAUCUCGCCUCACCAGUCCCCCCCCACCUCCCCUCACUCCUGGAGGAAACACAAGCGGCAACACAGUGGAGGAAACCCAGACAGGCAAGCAGUGGGGGCUGCAGCUGGAGCAGUGUGGACGCAGUUCAGAGAACCACCAGCAGCUCAAGGUCCAGGACCAGUUGAAGGCAUAUGGGCGUCUCACUCGCCGCCGCCCCCCAGCCAGGAGAGCUGGGUCAGCUUUACAGCCGACACGCCGCCCUCCAGCACGCUUCCAGCAAUGCAUCCCUCAUCAGUCCAGGAAAACACAACGAUACGAACCGUGGCCUCCGCCUCAACGACCAAUGAGAUCCAACGACAGUCCAGUAGCUACGACGACGCCUGGAAGAUCACGGACGAGCAGAGGCAGUAUUACAUCAACCAGUUCAAAACCAUUCAGCCUGACCUCACUGGCUUCAUACCUGGUUCGGCGGCAAAAGAGUUUUUUACUAAAUCCAAAUUACCGAUUUUAGAGUUGUCACAUAUUUGGGAGCUGUCAGACUUUGAUAAAGAUGGGGCGCUGACCCUGGACGAGUUCUGCGCUGCUUUUCACCUUGUUGUCGCCAGAAAAAAUGGCUACGACCUUCCUGAGAAGCUGCCUGAGAGCCUGAUGCCAAAGCUGAUCGACCUGGAUGACUCAGCAGAAGUCCCAGAGCAGCCCCCAGAUGUCGCCUACUCUGCGUCGCCGGUGGAGGUCACCCCCAACAAGUCUCCCUCCAUGCCUUCGCUCAACCAGGCGUGGCCAGAGAUGAACCAGAGCAACGAGCAGUGGGAGACGUUUAGCGAGCGCUCCUCCAGCUCACAAACUCUGACCCAAUUUGACUCUAACAUUGCACCAGCUGACCCUGACACGGCCAUCGUCCACCCAGUUCCCAUCAGGAUGACUCCCAGUAAGAUCCACAUGCAGGAGAUGGAGCUGAAGAGGACCGGCAGUGACCACAAUCAUCCCACGAGUCCUCUUCUAGUCAAGCCUCCAGAACUGUCUGAAGAAGCCAAGCUGACGGCUUCCAUGAAGUUUGUAGCUGCCAACACCGUGGGUGAUGGUUACAGCAGUUCAGACUCAUUUACCUCAGACCAGGAACCAAUCGCCAGGCAAAGGUCUCAGUCAGGUGCGUCUCCAGAAGCUCUAAAGGUGGUGGCUCCACCUCCUCCUCCUCCUCGCCCCCAACCAUCCCACUCUCGCUCUUCGUCGUUGGAUAUGAAUCGCACCUUCACCGCCUCUUCCGGCCCGGGUCAACCGCAGUCCUCUACCACAGCUUUUCCUCCUGCAGUACCCCCUCGGCCGCUACCCACGCAGACAUCGGUACCGCUCACAGGUCAUCGGGUUGAGGCCGAGGCUGUUCCUGCAGGCGGGGCUGCACUCACCACCACAUCCCCCCAGCAGAUACCUCAGCAGCCCAACUUCGCAGACUUCAGCCAGUUCCAGGCCUUAGCCGCCUCCGAACAGCCUUCCAGCCUGCCGGAAGUCGACAAACACAGCGAGGCGGGACAGGUGGAGAAGAUCUCAGAGGGUGCCGGCCCUUUAAGAACGGUGAAGAGCGACGGCCCGGCAGACGAGAGAACCUCGACGACUGUAAACUCUGCCAUGUGCUCAUCGGGCCCGCUGGCUCCUCCGCCCAAACCCGUGCGUCGGAGGUUGAAGUCUGAAGACGAGCUUCGACCUGAAGACGAGCAGCACGGUGCUCAGAAAUCUGGCAUCAUAGCCGCCCCCCAGACUGCUCAGCCCUCCAUCCCCAGAUCUGUUGGAAAGGACAAAAAGGCGAUUCAAGCUUCGAUCAGAAGAAACAAGGAGACGAACACGGUGUUGGCUCGGCUCAACAGCGAACUACAGCAGCAGCUGAAGGAUCUGCUAGAGGAGAGGAUAUCUCUGGAAGUCCAGCUGGAGCAGCUCAGACCCUUUUCUCACCUUUAACCAACGUGGGAGAUGUAAACUCUGCUGUAAUUCCUCCGAGGCGAUGCCGUCGCCCCUCCUUUCCUCCGCUUCUCCUCUCCCAUCACCCUGAAGUUCUCCGGCGGCUCUUUUCUGUUAAACUCAACCACACCGCGACCAGCUAGAACCCGGGCGGACCCGAGAGCACAGUCCAGCCAACAAGAGGAGGAGGAGGAGUUACCAACUGGCACUUUUCACUUUUUGUUUUCUUUUUUAAAAGGAGAGGUGGAAUAACGGCCACCUGGGAGGGAGCUUUAGGUCCGUAGUGAAGACAGAACAGCUGCUUCUGCAGAACUGAACUCUGAGAGACUGAAGUAGCGGUGGAAUUGUCGUGCAAGUGUGUUUGCUUGUGUGCUCGUGUUCCUGGUUAGUGAAUUGAAUGCAAGCUAGCACCAGUAUGUUUAGCUCUGCUGCACCAAACGUCUAGAAAAAUCCACUUUAUUUACAUUUGAAUGGCUUCUUUUUUUGUUAAGCUUAGCUUAGCAUAAAGUCACAGAGGGAAACAGAAUUCUGCUGCAGAGACUUCCAACCUGCUCAAAAUAAUAAAUUCAUGGCCAAUUUGAGAAAUCUUCCUUAAUGUCUUCCAGCUUUGUGACAUUAAAUUUCUUCAAUUAAAAACAUCCCAAACUAGACAAAAAAUGAUCUUUACGGGCUUUUUUCUCCUUUAAUGUUCAGAUUUUAACCAGUUUUGUGCUAGUUUUGAUCUGAGAACCAUGAUUUGUUUAGUGGGAGUUGUUGAGUGAAACAUACUGGGCUAGGUACAGACAGGAACUGUGUGUGUGUGUGUAUGUGUGUGUGUAUCAUCACGGUGAAGGCUUUUUUAUUUUUACUCAUCUUGUGACGUGUUCAUCUUUCUCAGAUUGUCCUCUCAAGUCAGUGUGUGUGUGUGUGUGUGUUCCUGUUUAGGGAUCGAUGUGACUGAAUGGUUUUAACUCUAUGCCAAAAUGACUGAAGUGUCACUUUUCUCUGACGUCGACUCGAGCUGCGUUCAAAGACGACAAGCAGCCAGUUAUUCCCGUUGGUUAGUUUGUUUUCUACGACAGCAUUUCAGCUCUCCAUUUCCUCCGCUAGCUGCAGCUGUCCUCGGUCUUGAACUUCCUGCCUUUGGGAAAUCACUUCUGGCGGAAACAGACUUGGAAGGCGGCGUGAAUGAAGAAUCGUGUUUCUGAUCGGGGGGUUCCCUGCAACCUUGUGGAUCAGGAUGAGUUUUAAGCUGUUUUCCGAUCAGGAACGACGGCGCUAUGCAAGCGUGUGCGACACAUCGCCACAGACCGGCUCCACUUCAGCUGUGUGAGCAGUUUCCUCCGGUUUUGUAUCGUAGAUCUUCCAGAAAACCAUCUGCUGUACGUUUGUGAUCGUUUUUGUUUUAAUCACCUGGAAUCCGCUAAAUGUGACCCAGUCAAGGAAAGGGAACACCUGAAUGACCCCACUGCACUUUGAACUCAACCACCACCACCACCGCCUGUUACACAUCAUCUCAUUUACGUUUGUCCUUCCUUCCCCGCCUGCAUGUUUGUUCUCGUCUCUCACUCGUAUUUAAAAGAUGCUUUAAGAAGAAAACAUCUGGACUUUAGUUUCUGGAUUCAUUUUCUAAAUCGAUGUUUUGUCGGUCGUUUUCUAAAGUCUUACUCCCCCAACAUGCGUUCAGGUUUCCAUGGCGACAGACUGACCUUGUAACGAGGCUGGCCUGUCUUGUUUUAUGUCUCUGCUGUUGUGUGUUCCGUGUGCGUACGAUCUCGUCUCCAGAACCUGGAACUGAUGCCAUUUAAAACCUGAUUAAAACCUCCGUGGAUUGUUUUGACGUUUGCUCGCACAACAGCCCCCCGCCCCCGAAACCCAAAAGGCAAUCCAGGCAGGCAGAAGCAAUCCAUCUGGAAAGAAGUCUUUGAUGGCAAUUGAAUGCUAUGUGUGUGUGUGUGUGUGUGUGUGUGUGUGUUGCACACUUUUGGAUUCGUGUAAAUUUACAUCCCUUGCUGACUAACAGUGAAAGAAUAUUCUAUUUAAUUCCUCUUCUCUUGGCUGUGGGAUCCUAGAUGUUUAACUGCAUGGAUGUACUGUAUCUCUGCAGACUUAACUAGCAGCUGUGUGAUUUUUACACAAAAAUAAAAAAGGCACAAUAUUUUAUACCCA